AUUGCGCUCUUCUGCCAAUCUAUGUUCCUCGGGAGCUGCUGGGGGAUCGGCUCGAUCGACCACGAGAGAGGCAGAGAAGCGAAAUGCGAGCCCAUCGAAAUCCCCAUGUGUCUGGGGAUUGGCUACAACAUGACCAGGAUGCCCAACUACAUGGGGCACCAGAACCAGCGGGAAGCUGCUAUCAAAUUGCACGAGUUCGCCCCUUUGGUCGAGUACGGCUGUCACAUCCAUCUGCGGCUCUUCCUCUGCUCUCUCUAUGCCCCCAUGUGCACUGACCAAGUUUCCACCUCGAUCCCCGCCUGCAAACCCAUGUGUGAACAAGCCCGCCAGCGCUGCGCCCCCAUCAUGGCUCAGUUCAAUUUUGGGUGGCCCGAGUCUUUGGACUGCAGCAAACUCCCCACCAGGAACGACCCGAACGCCCUGUGCAUGGAGGCGCCCGAGAACGCGACUGGGGAGCCGCAGAAAGGACAGGGCAUGCUGCCCGUGGCACCCAGAGCCAGGCUCCCGGGAGCUGCAGACGGAAGGAACCAGGGGCCCCUUGGCUCCUGUGACAAUCCCGACAAGUUCCAAUAUGUGGAGAAGAGUCUGACCUGCGCCCCCAAGUGCUCGCCAGGGGUUGAUGUCUACUGGUCCAAGGGGGAUAAAGACUUUGCCUUCAUUUGGAUGGCCGUCUGGUCCACGAUCUGCUUCGUCUCCACUGCCUUCACGGUGCUGACCUUCCUGCUGGAUCCUCACCGCUUCCAGUAUCCCGAGAGACCCAUCAUCUUCCUGUCUAUGUGCUACAAUGUCUAUUCGGUGGCCUUCAUCAUUCGCUCGGUAGCCGGGGCUGAAAACAUCGCCUGCGACCGGGAGAACGGAGAGUUGUAUGUCAUUCAGGAGGGCCUGGAGAGUACUGGCUGCACCAUCGUCUUCCUCAUCCUCUAUUAUUUCGGCAUGGCCAGCUCCCUGUGGUGGGUCAUCUUGACUUUAACCUGGUUCUUGGCUGCAGGAAAGAAGUGGGGCCACGAGGCCAUUGAAGCUCAUAGCAGCUAUUUCCAUAUGGCUGCCUGGGGUGUCCCAGCCAUGAAGACCAUCAUUAUACUGACCAUGAGGAAGGUGGCAGGUGAUGAGCUGACUGGUCUGUGUUACGUGGGCAGCAUGGACGUAAAUGCUCUAACCGGCUUUGUGCUCAUCCCUCUGUCCUGUUACUUAGUGAUAGGGACCUCCUUCAUUCUAACUGGCUUUGUGGCUCUCUUUCACAUCCGCAGGAUCAUGAAGACUGGGGGCACCAAUACGGAGAAGUUGGAGAAAUUAAUGGUGAAGAUUGGGGUCUUCUCCAUCCUUUACACCGUCCCCGCCACAUGUGUCAUUGUCUGCUAUUUCUAUGAAAGGUUGAACAUGGAUUAUUGGAAAGUGCUUGCCUCUGAGCAGCCUUGCCUAGCCUAUCCAGGGAGAAGGAUUCUGGACUGCACUUUGGACACUUCAGUGCCUACCGUUGCUGUCUUCAUGCUAAAGAUCUUCAUGUCCUUGGUGGUGGGAAUCACCAGUGGGAUAUGGGUCUGGAGCUCCAAGACUCUUCAGACUUGGCAGAACUUAUGCAGCAGAAAGCUAUCGGUGAGGACUCGGGGGAAGCCCUGCAGUGGGGUCAACUGCUCUGCCAGCCACUGCCACUACAAGGCACCUUCUGUCAUGGUCCACAUGAGCAAAACAGACCCUUACCUGGACAAUCCAACUCAUGUGUAA